AAGGGCAAGUCUCCUCACAGUUCAGAGCAUCCGCUCUGAGAGCAGCACCUUUCAGGUGAGUUCCUUCCAUCAGAACCUCUCAGAACAUCUUUACCAGAAUUCACAAAAACUUCUAGAAGUUUCUGGAAAAGGAUGGACUUCUAGAAGAAAAGAACUGCUGAAACUUGGAUUUAUCUCUACUUUUUGGGACCUAAAGAGAUCUCCUGGUCUUCAGCUGAAGGAGUUCCAGGAUCUCAGAGGAGAUCCACCUGCAGAAUCCAUCUCAGUUCAGACAAACCUGCAAGAGCAGAAUCUGUUCGUCCACCAGGUGGCAGCAUUCUGCAGUCUGGAACCACAGACUGCUGUGAAGAUCUGAGUUUGAGGAUCUCAGCGGGUCUGAGAAGCUCCCAGGACCCUGUAGAGGCCAUCAUCUGGUCUGUGUCAGCAGGUCAUGGAUCAGGGUUCAGGGUUCCUGCAGCUGCUGCUGCUGAUGGCUGGAGGCGGGUUGGGUCAGCAGAAGGAAGUCUGCUUGAAGUCGGUGGUGAACUCGUGCUCUGACUGCAUCAAAGCUGGACCGUACUGCUCGUGGUGCCAGCAGCUGAACUUCACUCGUGGAGGGAAGCAGGAAACCAUCCGCUGUGACACCAGAGCGCAGCUGAAAGAAAAAGGCUGCAUGGAGGAACACAUCCUCUCUCCAGGGAACAAUAUGACCGUCAGUGAGAAUUUACCACUGUCUUCUUCAUCUGGGGGUGGAGAACCUGUCCAGCUGAGUCCACAGAAGAUCAGCCUGAAGUUGCGGCCCGGACUUCCAAAAACAUUCCAGGUUUCCUUCAAGAGAGCUGAAGGUUAUCCGGUGGAUCUGUACUACCUGAUGGACCUUUCUUACUCCAUGAAAGACGAUCUGGAGAAAGUGAAAGGGCUGGGAGAAGACCUUUUUGAAGCUCUGAAUAAAAUCACAAGAGAUGCUCGGAUAGGGUUUGGUGCCUUUGUGGAUAAGACGGUUCUUCCUUACACCAACACCAACAAGGAGAAGCUGCAGAGACCCUGUGAGAGUAAAACAGAGGAGUGUCAGGCUGCCUUCGGCUACAGACACGUCCUCAGUCUGACAAACAGCAAGGAGAGGUUCAGGACUGAGGUUUCUGGGCAGAAGAUCUCUGGGAACUUGGACUCUCCAGAGGGGAGUCUGGAUGCUAUGAUGCAGGCUGCUGUGUGUAAGGUAAGACCUCCUUUCACUUGAGGAACUGGAUCCUUUCUAA